CGAGCUCCGGAAAAGGUCUCUCUCUCUCUCUCUAUGAAAAUGCGGUGUCUUCAUUUAGCUGCUGUGCUGCUGCUGCUGCUGUGUGGCCUGCUGGCCGUCUGCUGGGCGGACACGAUGGUGCAGCUUCACGUGAAUCGUCCCUACAACGAUGUGAGCGAGAAGUUUGUGAGCUUUGCCGUGCGGCCGGAGGAUCUGUACGAUGCCCUGGAUGGGAAGAACAGGAAGGCAGUGACCAGCAUGGCCACACUGCUGGGCGAUGCUCACAUCAAGUUCGUGGGCGACUUCUACUUUGCCACCAAUGCGCCCACCCGCCUGCGCAAUCCCACAAAGAUCAUUUGGAAGGGCUUCAAUCGCUGGACUCGUGCUGUCAACUGGACGAUGAUCAUCCCGGUGCCGUAUGCCCCGGACGAGUGGGACUCGAUGCACACUCUGAAGAUACUCAACAGCUCGUACAUGGCGGGCAUCACGGACUGCAUCUGGCAGCUGGGCACGGACUUUGGCACCUCCCGGGCCAAGGACUAUGUGCAGGAGCUGCGCACCCUCAAGCUGAUGACGGACACCUUCAAGCCGUAUGUGGACGACUGGCGGGUGAUGGGCGCAGACAUCUCAGCGGGCAGCAGUGCCGAGGAGACGCGCAAAUACGUGGACAUGUCCAAGGAUUUGAAUGCAGCCUUUGGCUGGACACAACCUGCCAAUAUGCUGCCACAGUCCAGCCUGGGCAGCUACAUCUACGACAGUGAUCCGGCGCUGAGGGCGCUCCAGCAGCUGCGCGUGCCCCUGUGGCUGACGCUGCCCGAGGAGCGCUCCCGGCCGGCAGGUGGGGACGAGACAACGGAUGCGCUGCGCUGGGCCCAGACCUUGGGCGAUGCGGCCAGCAGCGGCUUCGAUGUGAUCUUCAAGCGGAUGUCCCUGGUGGACUUUGGGCGACCCACCUUCAGUCUGUAUGUGACGGCGCUGUUCAAGAAGGUCAUGGGCUCGCGGGUGUUCCCGGCCAGGCCGCUGAACCUGUUCGCGCCCAGCAACAAGCUCUACACGCACUGCGCCAAUGCCGUGUCCGGGGGCCUGGCCUUCAUGGUGGUCAACACGGAGGAUCAGCCCAUGACGAUCACAGUGCGCAGCAUGACGCGCCUCACCAGCAGCGAGAUCUGGCAGUAUGUCCUCUCCGGCCUGGAUGGUCGCGUGCAGCUGAACAAUGUGCGGAUGAGCCUGAACUCCACGCUGCGGCCCCUGAUCAAGGCCAACGAUGCCAGCAAGCCGCUGCAGCUGGUCACGCCGAGCAUGUCGGUGGGCUUCUGGGUGCUGCCCACCGCCAAUCUGGAGCACUGCCAGUUCACCGAGAUCGAGGCUGGCGACACCAGUGGCGAGGCAUCGACGGAGUCGCGCCGCACCAAUCGCUACAGCUCCGCGGAUCGACUGCUGCAGCGUCUGAUCGAGGAGACGGCUGUCGCGAGGGGCUCCCUGGCGAGCAGCAUCAACCGCAACCGCCGAUUCGUGAUCGACAAACAGGAAACGGAUGCCCUGCUGGAUCAGCUGCUGCAGCCGUUUAGCCAGCCCACAGCUGCGGCUCCGGUCAAGCGCGAGGCGGAGGCCAGUCAGCAAGUGAGUCCCCACGAGGCCAUGGCCUGGCUGCACCAGGUGCUGGCGCAGACCCGCGACGUGGCCAAGCGACGCGACAGACGCAGCGCCGCCGGCUAUGGCGGCCCCUACUUCUACAAUCGGCACGGAAAGAGGACGGCGCUGACCAAGAAGAUCACCGAGAUCCGCAAGCCCGAGCGCAAGGCCAAGCCACUGUUCGACUUUGAGGAGUUCGACGAGGAGAAGUUCUUCAGGAAGCUGGACGAGCAGACUGAGGAGCCGCCCUCCUACACCCGCCUGCCCGAGGGCGAUGUCCUGCUGCGGCACAUCGAGUCCGUGGAUGGGGGGGAGGAGAGUGACCAGGUCGCAGAGCCAGUGGUCUACAGGAAGAGCAAGCCCAAGUCCAAGUCACAACUCAAAAUAAUUCAACGUUCUGCGGAGGAUGCAGAGCCCGAACAGGACGGGGAGUCGCUGCCGGAGCAGGAGCGGGCGGAGGGGCGCGCAAAGCUGCGACUGUCGCCCACGGAGUUCUUUGAGGCCCUGCCCGCGCCCAAGCAGACCAAACGCCUGAGCCUCGGCGCCACCCUCAACUCUUUGCUCUUUCCCGAACCCUUCUCCAGCAAGGCCACCAUAAGCAAGACCCUGCCCCUGCCGCAGGAGGAGCCUGAGGAGGAGGUCGAGCCCCUGGCACCGCGUCGUCGUCCCUCCAAGAUGGGGCAUGUGGCCAAUGACUUUCUGCAGGCGCAGCGGGAACUGGGCAAGCACUUCCUCAGUCACAUUCACAAGCACGAGCAGCAGCCCUUGGACGAGGAGAAUGCCCAGGAGAGUUCCCUCGAAGCUGAGCCGGCCAAGAAACCAACUAAACAGGAUUACUUUGGGGCCAAGAAAGCACCGGUGCCGGUGCCAAAGCCCAAGAGGCUGCUGGCCCAGAAGGGGCCCGACGAGAGCAUCACCUCCUGGUGGGACAUGCCCGCUCUGCGCCGGCGACGCGCACUGCCCUUCGGUCGUUCCGACGACGAGGUGCGCUCCAAUGCAAUCGACAAAAUGGAUCGGGAUGAUAUGCUGCCCCUGGGACGUUACUCCUUCUACGAAUACAAGGCGGAUCAGCCCGUGGACGAACAGUCCACAGAGCCACCCAAAGAGUCCAGGAUCAUGAGAAUCAGCAAGACCAGAGCCCCGAUCGGGCCCAGCCGCAAGACCUCGCUCUCUGACACCCUGGUGUCGACGGUCAAGUCGAAGGUCUCCCGAUUCAUGCACAUCGUCUCGCGGCACAUGAGCGAGUGGUACAACACCCUCACCAAGCACCUGGACACCGAAACUGGCUCAUCCCCCCGGCCUGACAUGAGCGACAGCGGCAAUGCCAUCGAUUAAUGUGAAGGGAUCGAAGGAACAUUUUCAAUUGAUUUAUUUGCAUGCGGAGCCUAAGUCAAGGGCAGAGUGAACUUAGUAAUUAGUGUAAAUAUGUAUGUAUGUACGAUACAAACAAAAUAAUCUUAGUGGAAUUCUAUUCUUCUAGAUAAUGGAUCUGUAAUUAUCUAAUUGAAAUAAAAACGCGGCACCAAGGCGGAGCACUACUUAG